AUGACGGUGGGGGAGUAUCGCCGCUUGGCAGACAGUGGAAAAUAUCGGACUCCACCACACAAGGAUUUUCAGGAUUUGGAACGAAAAUAUUGGAAAACCCGCCUGUAUGAUUCACCGAUAUCUGGAGUAGAAAGGAAGCUCAUAUGUGUCUGGGGCAUAGAGAUGAAGGAAGGAGAGAGUCAGGGUCCAGGAUGUGAGGUGGAAGUGUAUUCUGUGGAAAUUGAAGCUGAGAGUCUGAAUUCAGGGUCUCCGGGCACAGUGGAAGAUGAGAAUAAAACUAGCCUUAUAGAGUACUUAGCCAGUGUUACCUUCUUCUGGUUUUGGCUUCAAGAUUAUGCCUUCAACCUCAUAAGAACCUGGGAGUUCACUUCUAAUUAUAUUGCAGCCAUGAAGUGUAAGCACCGUGGUACCCAGAAAGUAACUUGUACAGUCAUGACCUUCUACCCAACCAUGGAAGAAUUUAAAGAUUUCAACAAAUAUAUUGCUUACAUAGAAUCCCAAGGUGCCCACCGAGCUGGCCUGGCUAAGAUAAUCCCACCCAAGGGAUGGAAAGCCAGACAGACCUAUAAUGAUAUCAAUGAUAUCUUAAUACCCACUCCCCUCCAGCAGGUGGCCUCUGGCCGGGCAGGUGUGUUCAUUCAAUACCACAAAAAGAAGAGUGCCAUGACGGUGGGGGAGUAUCGCCGCUUGGCAGACAGUGGAAAAUAUCGGACUCCACCACACAAGGAUUUUCAGGAUUUGGAACGAAAAUAUUGGAAAACCCGCCUGUAUGAUUCACCGAUAUCUGAACACGGCCAGCGCCUGGAACACCUGGCCAAGGAGCUUUUCCCGGGCAGUUCGCGGGGCUGCGAGGCCUUCCUGCGGCACAAGGUGGCUCUCAUCUCGCCCACUGUCCUCAAGGAGAACGGGAUCCCCUUCAGUCGGAUGACUCAGGAGGCUGGCGAGUUCAUGGUGACGUUUCCCUACGGCUACCACGCUGGCUUCAACCACGGCUUCAACUGCGCGGAGGCCAUCAAUUUCGCCACCCCGCGGUGGAUCGACUAUGGCAAAGUGGCCUCUCAGUGCAGCUGCGGGGAGGCCAGGGUCAGCUUCUCCAUGGACGCCUUCGUGCGCAUCCUGCAGCCCGAGCGCUACGAGCUGUGGAAACGCUGGCAGGACCGGGCCGUCGUGGACCACGUGGAGCCCACGGCGCUGGGCAGCCGGGAGCUGAGCGCCUGGAGGGAAGGACGUGCGCCCGGGAGAGCCGCGCUGGGCCUGAGGCACCUCCCGCCUCGCCGGGCCCCGCGCACCGCUCGGCCGGUGGCCGCUGGCAGUGGACCCCGCGGCUGCACCCGGGUGCGCCAGGAGUCCCCGCGUCCCCAGUCGGCCCGGGUUUCUGCCUCUGCCUCCCAGUCCAGGGCUGCUGAGGCCCACAGCUCUCUGUUGCCCGACCCAUCCCGGCCGCCAACCUCGGGGCGGUCUGCAGCAGAUCUCCAGGCAACUGGCAGACGUGGUCGUGGUCGUGGUCGUCGUCCUCGGGAAAGAGGCAGUCAAGAGUCUGUUGUCCAGGCCCGGGCUAAGAGGCGCCUCUCAGGGGGUACAGCGCGCACAGCUCCGGACCGCAAGAUCCAGCCUCUGCCUGCUGCUAAACGCUGGAAGGACAGCCCUGCACCGCUGAACCCUGGACCCCUGCAUCCUGCAAAGGCUUCUGGGUGUUGUUGUGCCCCUGAUCUUCAAUUCCUGGGGCCCCCAUUAGAUCCCGAUGAACCGAUGCACCCUGGCCAGUGCCUGCUAUCUCUGGACAGUAUUACAGCCAAUUUCCUUGACGAUGUCCCACUAACUCCUCCCAUUGUCACUGGGACUCUGACAUGGUUCUCCAGGGACGCUGUUGGAGACUGCAAGGCCCCUGUGAACCUCGCUGAGCUCGUAAGGAUGGAUCACCCUUAUGCCUCUAUGGUCCUGGCGCCCAGUGCAGUUGCCAAAAUCUCUUAG